AUGACCAUGUUGGCUAUCGACGAGAUCGGCCAGGUCGUCCUAGGCGUAGGGACUGUAGCCCCCUUCGACACGAUCGCCAUGGGCGACGGCGCCCUCUCCCAGAAGGUCUAUAAAGAGUACCUCGCCCUAGCCCAGCAGGGCCUCCUUUUCGACCAGACCGUCGCCAACUACAACCAUAACCUGUUAUACGUUACGGCCAGCUCGGGCCCGGCGUUCAGGAUAUAUAGGACUAUCCGGGGUAUAGUGUCGUCACGUAAGUGGCACAUGACCGGUAGCAGUAUGGUCGUUUCGCCUAUGCUUCUGUGGACCACGGUGUCGAGGGGAACCGGCUAG